CGUGGAGACUGACCUGGAAGGUCGUGGUUUAUCAUGAAGUCGACUUUGCUGCCCGCGUUUGUCGCGCUCGCCUUCAGCUGCUCUGGGAGUGCAGCAGGUAUCCCUUCGUUUGGAACGAUCAUUGCACGAGAGGCAGACUUACUUCCUGAGUAUGAUUAUGUUGUUGUUGGCGGUGGUGUCGGCGGCCUGGUUGUCGCGAAUCGUCUCUCUGAAGACCCUGAUACUACGGUAUUGGUGAUUGAGGCAGGCAAAAUUGACAAUUACUCCGCCGUCGUGCAAUACCCCCGAUAUGCCUCGAUAGCUCGAACCAACUACAGCUGGCCCAUCACCUCGCUGCCUGUCCCUGCACUCAAUAACCGCACUGCAUCAGUUGCAUUUGCCAGGGUUCUCGGUGGAGGAAGCGCCAUCAAUGGCAUGGCUUUUGACCGCGGCUCUCCGGGCGAUUAUGACCUCUGGGCGGAACUUAUUGAGGACGAUGCUUGGAGCUGGGAAGGGCUUCUGCCGUACUUCAAGAAGAGCGAGACUUUCACCCCUCCCACCGAAGCCCAGCAGGAACAACUAGGCAUUACAUUCGAUUUGGAAGCCCAUGGCACAUCUGGCCCUGUCCAGUCGUCGUAUCCCCCAUGGAUCUCUACCACUGGCAAGGCCUUUAUCGAUGCCCUCCGCCAGCUACACAUUCCUAUCCAACUAGACGGAACCGCCAACGCAAUCGGUGGAUUCUGGAAUCCCAACUCUCUGGAUCCAGUAGCAAAAGAGCGCUCGUACGCAAGGACAACCUUCCAUGAGAUUGCCAAAAGCAGACCCAACUACCAUGUCCUGCCUGAGACGCUCGUCACAAACCUCACCCCAGACCUGUCCAGCGUGGAGUAUAUCACCAGCUACAACCCAGCAGUAAAGAUCGCUCCUCGGGCAAAUAGCAGCAAAGUCCAAGCACGAAAGGAAAUCAUCAUGGCCGCCGGUGCCCUCCACACGCCCAAGAUCCUGCAACUAUCGGGAAUAGGAUCCUCCUCCAUCCUCAAGCCCCUAGGCAUCGAGCAAGUUCUCGACGUCCCAGGUGUUGGAGAGAAUUUCCAAGACCAUCCAGUCCUCUACGGCGCAAUGAAACUCACGAACCUUGACGAUCCAGCCCAGGAUCCAUCAUACCUGAGCACCAACGCCACCUACGACGCCGCGAUGGGUCAGCUCUACGAGCAAAACCGGACAGGUCCUUGGACAUUCUCAACUUCCAACGUCUUUGCCUUCCUAACAGCACAACAUCUGAAUGUGUCAACAACAGCCAUUGCUCAUGCUGCCUCUGAACCAGCCGAGAAGUACCUCCGGAGCGGAUUAGACAGCACAAUCAUCCACGGCUAUGAGAAGAUCAAAUCCGCAGUCCUCAGGUCUACAGCCGAGGGCAAAAUAGCCCUAACUGAAAACUUAUUCGGCAGCGUCGCGAGUCUCCAGAAGCCACUCAGCCGUGGCUCGGUCCAUGCUGCAUCGACGGACCCUUACAAGAUGCCCCUCGUUGACUACCGGUCCUUCACGAACCCGCUAGAUUUGCAAAUCCUGAUCCAGUCCCUCCGCUUCAACGCCGAUGUGAUUUCCCAAACUCGCGCCUACAAGGCAAUUGGGGCUGUUGUCCAGACUCCCGAGCCGGGAUUGUCUGACAAGGAACUCGCGGAGCUGGUUCGGACAGCCGGGUCGCCGAGCUUUUCGCACCCGAGUGGUUCGUGCGCGAUGCUCAAGCUGGAGGAUGGUGGAUGUGUCGAUAAUGAGCUCAGAUUGUACGGAUCCGAAGGGCGAGUGCGUGUUGUUGAUGCAUCUGUCUUCCCUGUCGUGCCGUCGACGCAUACACAGAGCACGGUGUAUGCUGUUGCUGAAAAGGCUGCGGAUCUCAUCAGGGGUGCGAAGUAGUCCAUUAUAUCUAC